AUGUCGAACCUCAACUCGUGGGAAGACGACCCUGCGGCCCAGGAUGAGAACCUGGCCAGGCAGGCACAACAGCAGAUGAACCUUGGGCGUGGAGGCCAGCCGGCUCAACAGGGCGGCUUCAGGGCCGGCGCAUCUACUUUCCAGCCAGGUGCCAGCACGUUCCAGCCCGGCGCUCAGUCCUUCCAGCCCGGACAACCCUACGGCGGAGGUUACGCGCCUCAGUACCAGCAGCAACAGCAAUACUACGGCGGCCAAGGCUAUGGCCAAUACGGCCAACAGUACGGUGGACAGCAACAUGCGCACGGUCAAUAUGGCGGCCAGGGUUACGGCGCCGUGUAUGGCCAAGGCGGAUAUGGCCAGCAGGGUUACAACAACCAAUACUCAAACUACCAGAACCAGCAAGCCCAACAGCAGCAACCACAGCAACAAGCAAAGCCCGCGCCCACGAUUGCCAAGCGACCGGCCGAUGCCGCUUCAGGUUCUGCGGCUCCGGCUGCGGAUCUGAACAAGCCCAUUGCCACCAAGGAGGGCGGCACCAAAGUUCUUAGCAUCGGAGGUGAUGCACCAAAGCCCAAGGCCAAGGUCCUUUCCAUUGGGGCUCCCGCCGCUGCCAAAGAGCCCGCAAAGAAGGAAGAAGCUGCCAAGAAGGAAGCCCAAGCCACACCCGAGGCUGGUGCAAAGGCUGCGGCCGCCAAGGCCAUCGAGAAGACCGGAGCCGACACCAGCGCGAGCGGGAAAACAUCACCAUCGCCGUCAUCCGGCCGUUCUAGUCCUACACGUGGAGCCAAGGCUGCAGCUGCCCGCGACGCUAGCGCUGUCGAGAAGGAGCAGACUGCCGACGUCGAUGACGAGACGCUCAAGGAGGUUUACGGCAAGGAGCAUAUCAACAUCAUCUUCAUUGGUCACGUCGACGCCGGAAAGUCCACUCUGGGUGGUUCUAUUCUGUACGCCACUGGAAUGGUUGACCAGAGGACGAUGGACAAGUACAAACGCGAAGCCAAGGAACUCGGCCGAGAAACCUGGUAUCUCUCCUGGGCAUUGGAUCUUACCAGCGAGGAGCGCUCCAAGGGCAAGACUGUCGAGGUGGGUCGUGGAUUCUUCGAGACGGAGAAGAGGCGAUACAGUAUCCUUGAUGCCCCAGGGCACAAGACCUAUGUGCCUCACAUGAUUGGUGGUGCUUCUCAGGCCGAUGUUGGUAUCCUCGUCAUCAGUUCACGCAAGGGCGAAUACGAGACGGGUUUCGAGAAGGGCGGCCAGACCAGGGAGCACGCAAUGUUGGCAAAGACCCAAGGUGUCAACAAAUUGGUGGUAGUUAUCAACAAGAUGGACGACCCCACCGUCAACUGGUCACAUGAACGUUACAAGGAGUGUACCACCAAGCUGGCUACCUUCUUGAAGGGUACCGGUUAUAACCUAAAGACAGACGUCUUCUUCAUGCCCAUUGCUGCCCAGCAGACCAUGGGUAUCAAGGACAGGGUUCCCAAGGAGGUUGCUCCUUGGUAUGACGGCCCGUCGCUGCUCGAGUACCUGGACAACAUGCCGACGUUGGACCGCAAGCUUAACGCGCCGUUCAUGAUGGCUGUUGCCGGCAAGUACCGAGACAUGGGAACCAUGAUCGAGGGCAAGAUUGAGGCAGGAGUGGUCAAGAAGGGAAUGAGCUUGGUCAUGAUGCCCAACAAGCAGCCCAUCGAUGUCUCCGCCGUCUACGGCGAGACUGAGGACGAGAUCCCCAUUGCACAGUGCGGUGACCAAGUCCGUUUGAGGCUGCGCGGCAUCGAAGAGGAGGAGAUCUUGCCGGGUUUCGUUAUUUGCUCUCCCAAGAGGCUGGUGCACACUGUCAAGGAAUUCGAGGCCCAGAUCAAGAUCUUGGAUCUGAAGAGCAUCCUUACUGCUGGAUACAACUGUGUGCUGCAUGUACACGCCGCCAUUGAGGAGGUGACAUUCGCCGCACUCCUCCACAAACUGCAGAAGGGCACUGGCCGCAAGAGCAAGUUGCCGCCUUCCCAUGCCAAGAAGGGAGACAGCAUCAUCGCGCGAAUGCAAGUCACGGGAGGUGCAGGCGCGGUGUGCGUAGAGAGGUUUGAGGACUACCAGCAGAUGGGUCGCUUUACGCUAAGAGACCAGGGUCAAACCAUUGCCAUUGGCAAGAUCACUAAGCUCAUCUCCGAUGAGACCUCCGCUUAA